AUGUCCGCGGACAACCCUCCAGUGGGGGAUGCGCUGGAUAUCCCGCCGCCCGCCUUGCGCGAUGUCCUCCGCGUUUGUCUCAGCGCGAAAGAAUACCGAUUCCUCCACGAAUCAGUGAUCAAACGCGCCCCUGCCGUCCAAAACAAGCUCCCAUCGCCAUCUCGCUACGACGUAAUCGCCCGUCCGAAGAAUCGACACAGUGAAGCCGCUAUUCGUUCAUCCCUACGAGUCUUUGUUGGCUCCGGAAUCGCGUUGAAGUUGGCGGAUCUGUUGAUUACUCGGUUCCAAGGCGCUCCACAAAAAAAGACCCGAACUCCCCUCCUCCGGUCUCCCAAAUUCCGUCUCUCUAUUUCCCUAUCCCUCCUCCUUCUCAUCCAUCGCCUCCUCUACCGUUUCCUCAUCCGACUGCGAGCCAACCUACGCACCGACGAGGCAAAACCAUUCAGAGAGCGCAACCCGCGCAUUUCGCGCGCGUUGACCUCGCGCUUUGCGCCAGCGAUCGGCGCAAGUCUGGCGGGGUUCGCCCUGGGCAUCUGCCCGCAGGACCAGCUUCGACUGACUGCGGCAAUUUACACAGGCACCAGGAGCUUGGAGUUCCUCUGGCUGUUGAUGCCCAUUUCAUUUGCGCAGCUCUUCCAUGCCUUUGUGUUUGAUCGCGAGACUACGCCCAAUUGGUUUGGAAAUGUCAUUCUCAAGCUCUCGCCGAGCUAUAUCCAAGGCCGACCGGAGUCGCUCCCGGUCAACGUCGCCUGGCCCGAGAAAGAAGAGAUUGUGAACUCUCUUGCCUCUAUUGCUGACCUCCGCUGGCCGGCAUUCGUUUCUCCAAUUCUACACCCAGGCGAUCCCAACACCUUGCCGUCUUCAGUGGCUUCUAUCUCCCCAAUUACUGGACCAGCACACCCUGCAAUCUCAAGUCUAUCCUGUGCCCUCUUGCAUCCAAACCUCCCCAACUGUAGCACGGCAUUCUUGCAUCAUAUUCUCCUCUCAGUGCCGCCGCUUGCGCGGUUCCUCACGACCGUCACUUUGGCUCUUUCGAUUCCCAAAUUUAAGAGCAUUCUGCUCCAUCCUAUGUCAUCAGUGAACAGCAUCUCGAAGCGCAUUAUCACCAUGACUGCAGUUCUCUCUGCCGCUAUUGGCUCAGCCUGGGGUAGUGUCUGUCUUCUGAACAACAACUUGCCUCGAACAACCCUUCCUACCAAGCGGUUCUUCCUCAGUGGAGCAUUGGGCGGUCUGCCAUUUUUGUUCCUGGGCAACAGCCGCAGCACAUUCCUUUGGUUCUUCCGGGCCGCUGUUGAUUCAGCGUACAAGACCGGGGUCAAGCGUGGACUAUGGAAGGGCCGAAAGGGCGGUGAGUUACUGCUGUUUGUUCUAUCCUGGGCGCUUAUGGGGUCGAUCCUUGAGGGGAAUCCUGAGGCCGUGCGGGGUGCUGGACUGCGUAAAGCUCUUGCUUGGUUGAGAGGUGAUGGAUUUGGAGAUCCAGUGGAUAUUGCGAAACGCAAACUGCGUUGGGAAUCGAAGAAACUCGACGGAAAUUGA